GGCCAGUACAAAAUGAGAAUCUAUGAAAGAGGAGACUUCCAAGGACAGAUGAUGGAGUUCUUUGAUGACUGCCCCAAUACUUAUGAUCGAUUCCGUUUCCAUGACAUUCACUCCUGCAAUGUGUCUGAUGGCCACUGGAUGUUCUACGAGGAACCCAACUAUAGGGGGCGUCAGUACUACCUGAGAUCUGGAGAAUACAGGAGAUAUAAUGACUGGGGAGCCUCAAGUGCCAGAAUUGGCUCAUUCAGAAGAGUUCAUCACAAAUUUUAAAUCCAGUCAAAAAUGUACUAAUACAGUUAUAUUGAUAAUUCAA